AGUUUGGAACUGUAUGUCACCAGUCGCAUCCUGGCGUCUUCCAUUUCCCGCGUGAAGGAAUCACGAAUACACUUAGCUGAAACCAGGGGGAAAUAAAAUAGUGCACCCGAGGAGGAACGUUUGAUUAGAUUUGUUGUCAAAACAGUGAAAUACAGGAAAGUCCGAUACGGAGCGCAACGAAUUUUGCCUUUGAGCAUCGCUCUAGAAAUGCGUUCGCUGCAGGUAAAUGUCGUCUUGAUGUUUGUUCUUGCCGCGGUGUGAACUUCACCAACCUUCCUAAGCUCUCCGUCGGAUCAUGUGAUGGGUCUCCAGUAGCCUACCUCUGUCUGUCAGCUCUCUCCAGCGGGGACUGGAUGUGAGGAGGGUCCGGGGAGAGGAGAGACACCCACGGCUCCACUUGGGAUCUAAAGGCGCUGUGUGACCAGGUUUCUUCUUCUGGAUAGCCUCCUGCUCGGCGCGGUGCUGGGCAGCCUGUGGAUGGUACAGAAAUGACUUUAGGAGAAAAACUCUGCCUCGUUUUCCUAUUUUUUCGGAUUUUCUUCACUCCUACCAGCCGCGGCAAUCAAGUGGUACUGCUGGACACCACCUCUGUUUUGGGAGAGCUGGGAUGGAAUACCUAUCCCAUGAAUGGGUGGGAUGCUAUAACAGAGAUGGAUGAACACAACCGUCCCAUCCAUACCUUCCAGGUGUGUCACGUGAUGGAACCCAACCAGAACAACUGGCUACGCUCCAAUUGGAUCUUCCGCCAGGCAGCACAGAAGGUGUACGUGGAGCUGCGGUUCACUCUGAGAGACUGUAACUCCAUCCCCUGGGUAUCUGGGACCUGCAAGGAGACCUUCAACCUUUUCUACUAUGAGACAGACGAGUCCCACGGGGUCAAGUUCAAACCCGCCCAGUACACCAAGAUUGACACCAUUGCAGCCGACGAGAGCUUCACCCAGAUGGACCUGGGAGACCGCAUUCUGAAGCUCAACACUGAGGUUCGGGAAGUGGGUCCUAUCUCCAGGAAGGGUUUCUACCUGGCGUUCCAGGACAUUGGGGCGUGCAUCGCCCUGGUCUCAGUCAGGGUGUACUAUAAGAAGUGUCCCUUCACCCUGAGGAACCUGGCCUCCUUCCCUGACACCGUGCCCCGGGUCGACUCCUCCUCCCUGGUGGAAGUCAGGGGAGUGUGUGUGGAGCAUGCCGAGGAGAGGGACACUCCCAAACUGUACUGCGGCGCCGACGGUGACUGGCUGGUGCCUUUGGGGAAGUGUGUCUGUAGCCUGGGCUAUGAAGAGAUGGACGGGACAUGUCUCGCGUGUCGACCAGGCCUCUACAAGGCGUUUGCGGGGAACAUCAAGUGUUCUAAGUGUCCCCCUCACAGUUUCAGCUAUGGAGAGGGGGCUGCUGUCUGCCACUGUGAGAAGGCUUUCUACAGAGCUGCGAGAGACCCACCCACUAUGGCCUGCACACGUCCCCCCUCCCCUCCUCGUAAUGUGGUCUUCAACCUUAAUGACACCUGUCUACUGUUAGAGUGGUCUCCACCCAGUGACAUGGGUGGUCGCAGGGACUUGACCUAUAACGUGCUGUGUAAACGCUGUGGCCCAGAGCCCGACCAAUGCCAGCUGUGUGGGGAGGAGCUUCGCUUCGCGCCCCGCCCCCAGGGCCUGACCAACGCCAUGGUAACAGUGAUGGACUUCUCGGCUCACGCCAACUACACCUUCGAGAUCGAGUCGCUGAACGGAGUGUCUGAGAUGAGCCACUUCCCGAGACCUGUGGCCGCCAUCACUGUCUCCACCGACCAGGGUGGUGGGUAG